ACGUCAACAAACGUGUUCCCUAUCAACACGAGUCGUGCUAGCAAAGCUACAACAUGGGAGCUACUUAACGAAGUUAAAAUAAUGCCAAUAUAUUGUUGACACAGUCAUAGUUUAGUUGUGGCGAAUGUUUAAGCAUAAAUAUCGCCCGCAAAAAUGGUGAAGGAACAGUUCAGAGAAACAGAUGUGGCUAAAAAAAUUAGCCACAUCUGUUUCGGGAUGAAAUCAGCUGAGCAGAUGCGCCAGCAAGCUCACAUCCAAGUGGUCAGCAAAAAUCUGUACAGUCAAGAUACAAAACGUACACCGCUUCCCUAUGGUGUCCUGGACCACCGCAUGGGAACCAGUGAGAAAGACAGACCAUGCCUGACCUGUGGAAAGAAUCUGGCUGAUUGUUUGGGACAUUAUGGAUACUUGGAUCUGGAGCUUCCCUGCUUUCAUGUCGGAUAUUUCAAAGCCACCAUAGGAAUAUUACAGAUGAUUUGCAAGACAUGUUCAAGCAUAAUGCUUUCAAAAGAAGACAAACUACAGUUCAUGGAUAUUCUGAAGCGUCCAAACCUGCCUUAUCUUCAAAAACGGGGGUUGAAGAAGAAGAUUUCUGAUAAAUGCCGCAAGAGAACCAUCUGUCUGAAUUGUUCGGCUUUCAAUGGAUCAGUUAAAAAAUGUGGGCUGCUGAAGAUCAUUCACGAGAAAUACAAAACAAACAAGAAGGUUGUGGAUUCUUUUGUGUCGGAGUUCCUGCAGUCCUUUGAUAUCGCAGUUGAGCACAAUAAAUUGGUGGAGCCUCUCCUGUCACGCGCGCAGGAAAACCUGAACCCUCUAGUUGUGCUGAACCUUUUCAAGAGAAUUCCUCAAGAAGACAUUCCGCUCUUGCUGAUGAACCCAGAAGCUGGUAAACCGGCAGAUCUCAUCCUGACUCGCCUGUUGGUGCCUCCUCUGUGUAUUCGGCCAUCUGUGGUCAGCGACCUGAAAUCGGGCACCAAUGAGGAUGACCUCACCAUGAAGCUGACAGAGAUAAUAUUCCUGAAUGACGUCAUAAAAAAGCACCGGAUGACUGGUGCAAAGACUCAGAUGAUCAUGGAGGACUGGGACUUCCUGCAGCUUCAGUGUGCGCUGUAUAUCAACAGUGAGCUUUCUGGAAUCCCUCUUAACAUGGCCCCCAAGAAGUGGACCAGAGGCUUUGUGCAGAGGCUGAAGGGAAAGCAAGGUCGAUUCAGAGGGAAUCUCUCUGGUAAAAGAGUGGACUUCUCUGGUCGAACAGUCAUUUCUCCUGAUCCAAAUCUGAGGAUUGACGAGGUGGCAGUUCCCGUUCAUGUUGCUAAAAUCCUGACCUAUCCAGAGAGGGUCAACAAAGCCAAUAUUGAGCUGAUGAGGAAACUCGUCCGUAACGGUCCUGAUGUUCACCCUGGAGCCAACUUCAUCCAGAAUCGUCAAAAUCAAAUGAAAAGAUUUCUGAAAUAUGGAAACCGUGAGAAGAUCGCUCAGGAGUUGAGGUUUGGUGACGUGGUGGAGCGACACCUGAUCGACGGCGAUAUCGUCUUGUUUAACAGGCAGCCAUCCCUGCACAAACUCAGCAUCAUGGCUCAUGUUGCCAGAGUGAAACCUCACAGGACCUUUCGGUUCAACGAAUGUGUGUGCACCCCAUACAACGCAGACUUUGAUGGCGACGAAAUGAAUCUCCACCUUCCUCAGACCGAAGAAGCCAAAGCAGAAGCCUUGGUUUUGAUGGGGACCAAAGCAAAUCUUGUAACUCCACGAAAUGGCGAACCACUGAUAGCUGCUAUUCAGGAUUUCCUGACUGCGGGCUACCUCCUGACCUUGAAGGACACAUUCUUUGACAGGUCCAAAACCUGCCAGAUAGUUGCUUCAAUUCUCGUUGGCAAAGAUGAAAAGGUCAAAAUCUCUCUCCCUCGACCAGCCAUAAUGAAGCCCAUGGCUCUUUGGACAGGUAAACAGAUCUUCAGUCUGAUACUGAAGCCCAGCAAACAAUGUCCUGUCAAAGCCAACCUGAGGACCAAGGGUAAACAGUACUGUGGAAAGGGAGAGGACCUCUGUCACAAUGACUCAUUCGUGGUGAUCCACAACAGUGAGCUGAUGUGUGGCAGCAUGGAUAAGAGCACUUUGGGAUCGGGUUCCAAAAACAACAUCUUCUACAUCCUGCUGAGAGACUGGGGACAGCUGGAAGCUGCCAACGCCAUGUCACGCCUAGCAAGAUUGGCGCCAGUGUACCUGUCGAACAGGGGUUUUUCCAUCGGCAUUGGGGAUGUAACACCUGGCCAGGGUCUGUUAAAAGCCAAACAUGACCUGCUGGAUGACGGCUACAGGAAGUGUGACGAGUACAUUGAAGCCCUCCAGACGGGAAAACUUCAGCAACAGCCAGGUUGUUCAGCAGAGGAGACACUCGAGGCUCUAAUCCUUAGGGAGCUGUCAGUCAUCAGAGACCGAGCUGGCAGCGCUUGCCUGAGGGAGCUUGACAAAAGCAACAGUCCUCUCAUCAUGGCUCUGUGUGGCUCCAAAGGAUCCUUCAUUAAUAUCUCUCAAAUGAUUGCCUGUGUGGGACAGCAGGCCAUAAGUGGAUCUCGAGUACCUGAUGGUUUUGAGAACCGUUCCCUUCCGCACUUUGAGAAGCAUUCUAAAUUGCCAGCGGCCAAAGGUUUUGUGGCAGACAGCUUCUACUCUGGACUGACACCCACAGAGUUUUUCUUCCACACAAUGGCCGGACGUGAGGGUCUGGUCGACACCGCCGUCAAAACAGCAGAGACUGGCUACAUGCAGAGGCGUCUGGUGAAGUCGCUGGAGGAUUUAUGCUCCCAGUAUGACCUCACAGUCCGAAGCUCCACCGGGGACAUUAUCCAGUUUAUUUACGGGGGCGAUGGCCUAGAUCCAGCUGUGAUGGAAGGAAAGGAUGAGCCACUUGAGUUUAAGAGAGUCCUGGACAACAUUCGGGCAGUGCAUGCAUGCCCAGAUGAACCUGCGCUCAGUCAAAAUGAGUUGGUGCUCACUGCAGAUGCCAUCAUGAAAAGAGCAGACUUCUUGUGCUGCAGAGACAGCUUCCUGGAGGAAAUAAGAAAGUUUAUCAAGAGUGUCUCAGAGAGAAUAAAAAAAACAAGAGACAAGUAUGGCAUCAACGACAACGGAACAAGUGAGCCUAAAGUUCUGUACCAGCUUGACCGUAUCACCCCGACUCAGCUGGAGAAGUUUCUGGAAACCUGCCAAGACAAGUACAUGAGAGCUCAGAUGGAGCCUGGAUCUGCUGUUGGUGCUCUUUGUGCACAGAGUAUCGGUGAGCCUGGAACCCAGAUGACUCUGAAAACCUUCCACUUUGCCGGUGUGGCCUCUAUGAAUAUUACUCUUGGUGUGCCCAGGAUCAAGGAGAUCAUCAACGCCUCAAAGAAUAUUAGCACGCCAAUCAUCACUGCUCAUCUGGACAUUGAAGAUGAUGCUGAUUUUGCCAGACUGGUGAAAGGAAGGAUUGAGAAAACUCUACUUGGCGAGAUUUCUGAAUACAUAGAAGAGGUUUUUCUGCCGGAUGACUGCUUUAUCCUUGUGAAAUUAUCACUGGAGAGAAUCAGACUUCUGCGCCUGGAGGUUAACGCAGAAACCGUGCGCUACUCCAUUUGCAUGUCCAAACUGAGAGUGAAGCCGGGGGACAUUGCUGUGCACGGUGAAGCAGUGGUGUGUGUGUCCCCUCGGGAGAACAGCAAGAGCUCCAUGUACUAUGUGCUGCAGUCGCUAAAAGAGGAACUUCCCAAGGUGGUCGUCCAAGGAAUCCCAGAAGUUGCUCGAGCUGUCAUUCACAUUGAUGAACAGAGUGGAAAGAACAAGUACAAGCUGCUGGUGGAGGGAGACAACAUGAGAGCUGUCAUGGCAACUCACGGCGUCAAUGGAAGCCGCACCACGUCCAACAAUACAUACGAGGUGGAGAAGACGUUGGGUAUUGAAGCCGCCAGGUCGACCAUUAUCAACGAGAUCCAGUACACAAUGGUGAAUCACGGGAUGAGCAUCGACAGGCGGCAUGUGAUGCUUCUGGCUGAUCUGAUGUCCUAUAAGGGCGAGAUACUCGGAAUCACCAGGUUUGGUUUAGCUAAAAUGAAGGAGAGCGUCCUCAUGUUGGCGUCCUUUGAGAAAACCGCAGACCACCUUUUCGAUGCUGCCUACUUUGGACAAAAGGACUCCGUCUGCGGAGUGUCCGAGUGCAUCAUCAUGGGAAUUCCAAUGAAUCUGGGAACUGGACUGUUUAAACUCCUCCACAAGGCAGAGAAGGAUCCCUCUCCGAUCAGAAGACCGCUGCUCUUUGAUAGUGCUGAAUUUCACACAUCACUGGUUACGUAGCAGGAGCGCAAGGGAGAGAAAGAUUUCCUCUCUUCAAAGUGCUCCUAACCAAAGUGUACUUGUCAUGCUGGAUGUUCCCUGUGAAUUAUUUAAAACACAGCCAAGGCUACAACUGUAUUAUCAGAGUGAAUCAUUUCUGUUUGAAUUGUGGAAUUUACUAUGAAAGGAUAUUUUAUUAUUUUCUUUAUUUGUUGUCUCGUCGAAGGAGCUGCUGCCAGAAGUGUCAGAAGAUUGUAGUCAAAUUGUUAUUUUUCCAAGUGUCCUUGGGGGCGUCUUGAAUUAAUAUUAAGUCGAAUGAAGAUUAAAUAAAGGCUUAAAACCUU